AUGAAAGAGUUUGAAAACUUUGAUAUUAUAAAAAAAAAGUUUACCCCAUUAUUUUAUAUAUUUAAAAGAGAAGAGGGAAAUGAGUUAAAGAGGAAUAUAAAAAAAAAACCAUUACUUCAUUUAAUAAAUAGUUAUAAAAAUAACACCAAAAAUGAGCGUUUAACAAAUCCAAACAAUACCUCAUUCAUUUUUAUGAAGAAUAGAUCACUUGAUAGUUUACAAAAGCCAUUUUUUAUUUUUAAUAAAUAUUAUCAUAAUAAUAUAUUUCCACGACGAAGAUUUUUUAGUACUUUAGAAACAAGUAAAAACAUGGAAUACUUAUAUAAUGGUAAUGACGCUUUAAAUACAUCGAUUCUAAGCUCAAAAUACCAUAACGGCUACAUAAAUAAUAACGUUGUUAGCCAGUUAAAUGAUGAUGAAAUCGGUAUUGAAGAAUAUGCAGACGAAUAUAUAAUAGUAAACAAAGUAUAUACUUUUAUUAAUGAGGAAUCUGACACAUAUAUGUAUAUUUAUUAG